GCUGGAAGGAGGGGAGAGAGAAAGGGGCCGCCUGAUAUCACUGGCCCGGGAAGGCGGCCUCGGGGUUUAAGAUGUUGGGCAAACAGGGAAGCCAGUGAGGAGCCCGGCUCUCCGAGCGCCCAAGGAAAGGGAAGGACGCCAGCGGCUCGCUCCGGGAUUGCUUGCUUUGCUUGCUUGCUUUUGCGACCGACCGACCGACCGAUUGAUUGCUCUUUGGAUCUACUCCGAUCUACCUGCGCCCGCCCGCCCGCCCUCCUUCCUUUCUCUCGGUGAUUAUUCAUGGUCUUCUGCGCCCCGUCCGCCUUGGGAGUCUUGGGCUCAGGUUGGCCAGGCUCUCCCAGCGGGGGCGCUUGGCUUCGCAGUGGCGGAUGCGGCGGGGGAUUCGGCGCAGCGGGGGCGGCCCGGGAGCUCCCUUGCCUUGAGAUCCGGACUGGAUUGAUUGAUUGAUUGAUUGAUUGACUUGCCUACCUGCUGCUUGAGAGGCCGGUGAAGGAGCGAAAUCUGGCCAGGGGGUUUAAACAGCCGCUGCUCCUGGGCCACCGACUGCGGCAGCCUCUGUCCCUGGCAGCGGCUCGGGCUCCCUCGCCGGGGUUCUUCUCCGCCAGCGCUCAGCCCCCGGCCGCCCGGGUUGGCUGGCUGGCUUGCUGGAGACUCUCGAUGAACUGCCUGAAAGAACCUCUCAGCCUGGAGCGUUUGGGAGCCGGGAAUAAGCUUUGCUCCACCUCCCCUUCCUCUUCCUCUUCCUCCUCCGCCUCUUCGUCUUGCCACCACCAUCAUCACCAUCAUCAUCAUCAUCACCAGCAGCAGCAACAGCCGGCUCUGGUUAUGGCUUCAGCCCUGACCCCCGGCCAGCCGCGAUCGGCCCUGGAUUCUGCCAAGCAUCGGCUGGAGGUUCACACCAUCUCCGACACCUCCAGCCCCGAGGCCGCAGAGAAAGAGAAAAGCCAGCCGAGCAAGAAUGAGGACGCGGGCGCCGAAGAUCCGUCCAAGAAGAAGCGGCAGCGGCGGCAGCGCACUCACUUCACCAGCCAGCAGCUGCAAGAACUGGAGGCCACUUUCCAGCGCAACCGCUACCCGGACAUGUCGACGCGGGAGGAGAUCGCGGUCUGGACCAACCUCACCGAGGCCAGAGUCAGGGUUUGGUUCAAGAACCGGCGGGCCAAGUGGCGGAAACGGGAACGGAACCAGCAGGCGGAACUCUGUAAGAACGGCUUUGGGCCGCAGUUCAACGGGCUGAUGCAGCCUUACGACGACAUGUACCCGGGCUACUCGUACAACAACUGGGCCGCCAAGGGCCUCACCUCGGCGUCGCUCUCCACCAAGAGCUUCCCCUUCUUCAACUCCAUGAACGUCAACCCGCUGUCCUCGCAGAGCAUGUUCUCGCCCCCCAACUCCAUCUCGUCCAUGAGCAUGUCUUCCAGCAUGGUCCCCUCGGCGGUGACCGGCGUGCCGGGCUCCGGCCUCAACAGCCUCAAUAACUUGAACAACCUGAGCAACCCUUCGCUCAAUUCGGCCGUGCCCACGCCCGCCUGCCCCUAUGCCCCGCCAACCCCUCCCUACGUUUACCGGGACACGUGUAACUCUAGCCUGGCCAGCCUGAGACUCAAAGCCAAGCAGCACUCCAGCUUCGGCUACGCCAGCGUCCAGACCCCGGCCUCCAACCUGAGCGCCUGCCAGUACGCCGUGGACAGGCCGGUGUGAGAAA